CACCCGUUGCCCACUGAUCCGGCCGGGCGGUAAACACACGGCGCGCAGCCAGCCACGCAUCGCUCCCCACGAAGAGAUCCGCCGAAGGUGCGCGUGCAGGCUGUGGGCGCGCAUGCGCGCUCACGGCGUUCGGGUGCCGAUCGCGCAGCGCGGAAGUCGGUCGGAUCCGCCCCCACCCGACCCCACCGGGUCCGGCGGGACCCGCGCCGGAGCCGGAGCCGGAGCCGGAGCCGGCACUGGGACUCUCGCGGUCAUGGGCCCGGCCCGGUGGCUGCCGGUGGUCGCGGCGCCGCGAGCUCGCGUCAAACAGUGACCGGGGGACGGGGGGGUGUGCGCGUCGCUGGACGCCGUUGGACAUCGCGGGACCCGUGGAUACUUCCCCGACACCUGCGAGGAACGCCACCGGUUCCCUGAGGACUUGGACGCGUACGGAUGGACCUCGGACCCAGAAUGCGUUGACGAAGCGAGAGACUGGCAGGUCCCGAGAUGUCCGCCGUCACCAGUCCAUAUGGCCCCAUGGAGAUGCUCUCUGACUCGGUUUACAACUACGCGACGUCCCACCGGGGUGCAGCAGACCAGGACAGCGAUUCCCAAUUCGAGUCCCAGUCGCAGCUGCAGAUCUCGGCGAUGCAGAAGCCGCGAAACAAGAGGAAGAACUUCAAGCCGAUAAGCAGCAGGAUGGCGGAGGUGUCGGACUCGUCCGACAGGGACGAGGACGACGACAUCGUCGAGGUGAGCUCGAACGAGAUCCUCGAGUACCAGAGGAAGAAGAUGAUGCCCACGGAGGAGAGGUCCAAGCAGAGGCUCAACAACAACGAGAGCAGCCCGAUGGACCUCUCGGUGGCGACAAGGCCGCCAUCGUCGGAGGCCGACGAGGACAGCGGGGACUCCCUGAGACACAAGUUCAUCCUGGAGCAACUGCGCCCGCAGAAGCUCUACUCUCCCAGUCCCGAGGUCAGGAGUCCGACGUCGGAGUCCUCGGAGAAAAGCGGGAGCGGGGCCAUGGACGCGGACGUGGACGCCGAGGCCGGUCGGCUGGACGAGCAGGAUGCGGUCCGGUUCGAGCACGAGCGGGCCCAGGAGGGCGAGGGCGAGCUCGUCGUCGCGGGCAAGGCGAUCGUGCCCACGGAAGGGAUGAGGGAGUACGCCGAGUCCGCCAUGCAGGAGCUGCUUGCGAUCUACGGCCUCGCCGGCGGAGAGCUGGCCAAGUCGGUCAGUCGGCAGCUGCCACCCACCUUCCUCGACCCACCCGUCGGUCACCAGCCCCAGGGUAAAGCGAACGACGCCUCGUCCAUGGCCCCGGGGAGCCCACCAACGCCACCUCACACACCUCAGAGUCCACCGAGGCAGAUCCCGCCGUCUGGGAACCUCUCUCAGUCGUGCCAAACCUCCAAUUCGGGCUCUCCCAGUCUUCCCAACCCCCUGCAGGCGAUGCCAAGUUCACCCCUAAGUCAGAUCCUGGUGCAAAACCCAGCCUUGGCUCAGCUACUCCAGCAGAACCCGGCGAUUCUCAACCAAAACCCUCAGCUGGCCCAGCUGCUGCAGCAAAACCUCCAGGUCCAGAUGGGCAACGUCCUCUUUCAGGGCGUCCGAAGAGAGGAGCACGAAGAAGUUAAGGUGCCGCCGACGAUAGCUAGCCUGGCGGCGAUGACGGUGGAGGCGGCUGACCCGAAGGUUUCCGCACUGUUCAGACAGAGCAUGUCCCCCGUGGCGGACCCCCUGAUCGGCGGUACGAAAUCGACGGUACCCCAGCCGAUAAUCGAUUAUUCGCGAUACGUGAGGAGGUACUCCUCCGGGCAGGAGUGCGGAAGCUCGUACUGCAAGGAACUCGGGUGCCGCGAGCACUUCCAUUGCUUGGAUUGCAGUGGUAGGGUGUUCGUGAAAAAGGAGGAGAUGAUCAGGCACUUCAAGUGGCACAAAAAGAGGGACGAGUCCUUGCAGCACGGUUUCAUGAGGUACUCGCCCACGGACGACUGUUCGGAGAGGCACCCCGGGCGAGCGUGUCCCCACAACCGGAAACAAACCCACUACCACUGCAUCCACGAAAACUGCGACAAGGUUUACAUAUCGACGUCCGACGUGCAGAUGCACGCCAACUAUCACCGUAAGGAUUCGGCUAUUAUUCAGGAAGGUUUUCAGCGGUUUAGAGCUACCGAGAGUUGCGGAGCUGAUCACUGUCCCUUCGCAGGACAGAGGACGACGCACUUCCACUGUAGGCGUCCCGGUUGCCGGUUCACCUUCAAGAACAAGGCCGACAUGGAGAAGCACAAGUCCUACCACAUCAAGGACGAGCAGCUCUCGCGGGACGGCUUUAAGAAGUUCAUGAAGUCCGAGGCGUGCUCCUUCGAGCAGUGCCGCUUCUCCAAGGUGUGCAACCACAUCCACUGCAUCCGUCCGCACUGCAGCUACGUCCUCCACUCGGCCAGCCAGCUCUACUCGCACAAGCGGAAGCACGAGAGGCACGAGACCGAGCUGGCCUACCGGAAGUACAAGCAGGGGAGUCUGGGCUCGGUCGGGGGCGCCCGCCCCCCGGGGUCCUGGGCCCCCGACGACCUCGGGCCCCAGACCAUGGCGCUGAGCCUGAACGGCGAGAGCUCCAACGAGGGCAGGGGCUCGCCCUACUCGAUGGACUACUACUCGAUGGACGACUCCUUCCAAAGCGCGAGUGACCUCGCCAUGGACCUGACGGCGCCUGCCGCGGCGCUCGGCUCCUCGGCCGCGGCCUCCUCGACCUCCGCCGCCACUGCCGUCGUCGCAGCCGCCGCCGCAACGACGGCCGAUCAGCGGCAGCUCACCCCGGCUGAGCUGGCCUACCUGGCGCCUGCAGGCGCCGAGUGCCCCUGUCAGCUGGCCAGGGAUCACCACCACUGCGGCCUGGACCGCUGCGGUGCCACCCUGCGGGACCCUCGCGAGGUCCGGGACCACCUCCGGGAGCACGAGACCCAGGAGCGCGUAACCGACGCCUACUUCGAGGAGGGCGGCUGUGAGGAAGGCUGCCCCUAUGCCGACAAGGAGAAGCACUACCACUGCACCUGGGAGAACUGCCGCGAGGUCAUCCUCUCGACGGACAAGCCCUUCCGGAGGCUGCAGCACUACAAGAUCCACGAGUACAGCAGGCAGCUCAACCUCUCGUGCUCCUCCCACGCCCUGUCUCCGGACGUUACCCUCACCCACCUGACCAACAUCGAUGCGAUGUUCAGGCGGAAACGCGGCCGGCCACCGAAGAACCGGGUCAUCGAGAUCUGGUCCGGCGGAGACCCCGCCACGCAUACCCAGGACACGCCGCAGGCCAUCUUCACCAGCUUCAAGCUGCCCAAGCCCGCGUCCAGCAACGCGCCUACCCCUCAGCCGGACGACCGGGACGGGAGCGUGUCGCCCUCGAACAGCCUGGGGGAGCCCGAAGGGUUCUCCACGUACAACCCCGAGGGGUGUCCCGACGUCGCCUGCGUGCUGCGCUCCACCAGGCAUCACCACUGCUCUCAGCCCAGGUGUCACUUCUGCACCGACAGGCCCGAUCAGCUGCUGAUGCACAGCAAGGACUUCCACGACAACGUCGACAUCCUCCCCGGGUUCGCCUUCUUCGACAAGAUGGUGGACUGCCGGCUCCCCGGGUGCUACAGCAACCGGGUCAACCGGCACUUCCACUGUACCAGACCAAAUUGCGCCUACACCUUCGUGAGGUACUCGACGAUGUCCCUGCACGAGAAGCAACACUCCACUCGUUCCGAGACCCCCGUCACGGAGAUGAACCAGGAGACGCAGACGCAGUGCCAGAGUCUCCUGCAGGAGAUCAAGCCCAGAAUACAAGUGAAGAAUCCCGCCGACCUGAUAGUCAAGUCGGAAGACGGCUCGGAGGAGAACAAACCCGCGACCGAGGACAAGAAAUCCGAGGUUCCUAGUCCCGAUGCCAGCAAGACUACCGUGGUGAGGGCGGCAGGCACCUAUUAUCCGGUCAGCGGACCGCCGAGCGAACCCGCACUUCCGGGCGCCAUGCUAUCCAUGCGAGCUUCCGUGCACCAAGAGACCCAGGUCCUUCCGUCGACGAGCGCCUCGCCGCACACCCUCUACGGCCCCGAGCAAAGCUGCAGCAGACCCUUUUGCAAGCUGAAGCGCAAGAACCACUAUCACUGCAACGCGUGCAAUCAAGCGUUCUCGGAGCUGGAUCGACUGGUGGCGCACAUAGCCAAACACUCGACCGGGGCCAUCCUGAGUCAACAGCACGACCUGGCCUCCCAGAGUCGGGGGGCGGUGCGGCACGACUACCUGGCCGAGCUCUCCCAGAAGCACGAUUUCAUGGCCCAAAACGCUCAAAUGGCUCAGAACAUCCAGAACUUCCAGAACAUGCACCGUCAGAUGCAGCAGACUCUGGGUCAGAUGGGUCAGCAGGUGCAGGUGAAGGAGGUCAAGCUGGAGAGUCCCCGAUGCAGCAGCGACUCCGGCUCUCAAGGGAUGCCGGGGGUGAAGAAGGAACAAGCCGAAGUCAACCGAGACGAGGGCAACGGUGCCAUGGCCGAAGGGAACGAGAACGGCCAAAUCCCUCAGGCCCUGGCGCAGAAUCUCCAGCAAUCCCCGGCCCCCUCCGGCUUCGAGCUGGACCUGAGCCACGGCUUCCACUUCCCGAGUCCGGCGGUAAUGGCCGCGAUGAACCAGCAAAUAGCGCUGAUGAACCAGGCCCUUCCCCCGUUUCUGCAACACGGGGGAAUGUAUGCCGGCGGUCCGGGGUUGAUGUUCGCUCCGGGUCUGCCUCCGGGCAACUUCCUUCCGCCGUCCAGGGACGAAAACCCCCUGGCCUCGCUAGCGGCCAACUUGAAGAUGGGAGGGAAGAGGGCCCUGUCGCCCUCCGACUCUUCUCCGGAAGCCAAGAAGCAGAGACUCCACCACUCCAUGAGGAUGUUGAAGGACGAGCCCGUUCCCGAGGGGUACGUCAGGUUCAGGUUCAACGAGGAUUGCAGGUACCCGCACUGCGGCUACCGGGAGCACCAGACCCACUUCCACUGCAUGCGCCAGGACUGCGGGUAUUCGUUCUGCGACAAAACCCGGUUCGUCCAGCACACCGCCCGACACGAGCGCCUGGACACUCUCAUGGGCGGGGACUUCCAGCAGUACCGAGCCAAUGUUCCCUGCGGAAGGUCCCAGUGCGCGUACACCUCCUCCCUGGGCUCCAUGCAGAACAAGGCCUCGCACUUCCACUGCCUGAAGUGCGACUUCGUCUGCACCGACACGAACAAGGUCGUAGGACACCGGCGCCAACACGCGAAGCUGGACAGCAUCGCGGCGGCCGGGUUCCAGAAGUUCACGCCCAGCCAGCCCUGCGGAGCGGUCCAGUGCCAGCACUCGGGGAAGCAGACCCACUACCACUGCCUCCAGUGCCAGUACGCAGUGUUGGGUCUGGCCCAGAUGUCGGCCCACAAGUACCGCCACAUGGACGGCUAAGGUCCGCGGCGUAGCACCGUCGACGGCGACUCGACGGUUAGAGGCUCCUCAAGGUUCUCGUCCCUUCCCAGGACCCCGACAUUCCCCGAAACGCCCGAACGUCCUACUCUCCUCGCGCGGGUGGCGAGGGAUCUCGGUCCGCUCCCAGGGGAGGCGAUUCCCACCUCGCUAGUAGUUAAAUGCGUCCACCUACGGAGGUCCGAGACGACAAGACGACGACGCGUAUCCGUAUAGCUUUAGCACGAAAAAGACACAUCGUUUUAUUUAAUAGAGCCGACACACGCGGCAGUACUCGCCUUAACGUAGUUAUAGUACCUACUCGCGGAGAUGCGCCCAGGGACGCGUAGCCGUUCCGUCUGGCCUCUAGGGACUCCUAGUUAGUUAAUGCAAAGCGCGACCAGCGAGACGGGUCGAGUGGGGCCGCUUCGACCGGUAAAACCGAGACCCUGGCCAAACCCGAAACCCCGGCGUCUCUCUCGGUCGUUGAUCGGAAAAGUGGCCGAGGGUUCGUGGUUUAGCGGUCGGCUACGUUGCGAGCGGCGACAAGACAACCCCAAAGAGGGUGAACUCGGCACGAGCGUCGUCUCCUCGCUGACUCGGAGACGGGGAAGGACUGGCGGACUCUCGGGGGGAAGCUCCGCGAGCACGAUUUCGGGGUGCACUAGGGGUAAACGGUAACGCGAGCACGUGGUCGCCAAGAGCCGUACUAAAGAUACCUUCCGGGUGAGAGUCGCGCCCACCGGGUACGUAUAAUCGUAUUACAAACAGUAUUGAGAUACUUUAAUUAAACGAAAAAGACUGCCAGCCAGGAACGAGGAGGAGGGAGAUGAUUUUCGCAAGGCGGACCGCAUAGGCGGUAAAAGAAAAAAAAAAAAAAAA